AUGGAAAAACUGCCAGGUUUUGACAAAGGAACUCCCAGACGGAUUCCGUUUUAUGAGAGUUUCAGAAAACGGGAACUCGAAAAGAAAAGAAUUGAUCAUGGCCUACCGAGAGCUGGGUUGUUACCUUCAUACAUAUCCACGCGAAGAUGCAUAUAUGCUAGUCGAAGCAAGAAAAUCAGAGAGGGUACGUUUUGGUCACAGAAGGAAAAGAGCGUUUUUUUCCAUCUUUUGAGCAUAUAUUCAAUCCAUCGGCUGGACCUGAUAUAUGAGGGAUUAGAGAGGAAGAAGUCUAAGCCUGAGAUCCUCACUUACUAUAAGCUCUUAAAGAGAGAGAGCAAAAUACGAUGGGUUUCCCUCUACACGACCAAAAAAUUAGAAAUGAAGGACAUUCCAAUUGCUUAUGAGAUGUCUGACACGUUUGUUCAAUUGGAAGAAUACCAGGCUUGGCAAUUGCGGAAGUUCCCUCAUGAAGACAAUUCGUUUCUUCGUCAAAAACUGUGGGAAGAGAACCAGGAAGCGCUGCUCGAUUUUCAAACCGCAAAAGACCUGAGCACAUCGAUUUUUAGAGAGAAUAAAAUCACGGAUAACUCUCAUAACCAGAAAUACCCGAUGGAUGUAUCAACCGGAUCUCUAGAAAUGCUCACUAGCCUGGCGAGGGUUAUGGUAAGACAGCUUCUUGCGGAGAUUAUGGAAAAGAAGGUGCAUGAGAUGCUGUGUUCACCCAGUAAAAGUGUGGAAGAGAUCGACAUUGACUCUGAUGAUGUUUUCCAUGCUUGUCAUACGUUAGGGUUGUCAAAACUUAGACCAACGUCAAUGGUUGAUUACUGGAACAAUAUUGUCCCGCGUCUGAAGUUGGAACUGGAUCGGGGUGAUGAAAAGACAGGUACUCGUAUCAAGACGAAGUUCACACCAAGUGAGUACGAGAAUUGGCUGACAGAAAGAAGAGAAGCUCGGCUUGAGAAUACAGAAUCUGAUCAUUCUGUGCAAAGUCCUGAUGCUGAGACCGACUCAGAGAUAGAACAGGAGAUGAAUGUUUGGGAAAUGAAAGACGAUUUUUUGCAAUCAUCCCAUUUCUUGAUGAAGGCCGAAAAACAAGCCGAAGAUGCCUCUGAUGACGAGGAUUUUGAUGAGUCUUUUGAGGAGAAGGUUCUCCUGAACGAGACUGCCAGGCUCGAGAGACAUGAUCUUUUGGAGUCCAAAAGGUACGAAAAUAUCCUUCUUACUGCCAUGACCACCAUUGAUUCUCCCUACAUGUUUCCGUUUAAACAGAUACAAGAUCACUGUGUGUCUUUUUACCGACAGAAAACCAAGACGAUCCAGGCGACUGUGAGACAAAAAUAUCAGGAAGCCGGAUACCAUGAAGAUGACGUUUGGAAUGGCCAUAACUAUGAGGAUGAAAUCCCCGAAAAUGAUUUCCAAAAGUAUACCACGACUUUCGCAAACUAUUCAAACUAA